UGGCGCUGGUGGAGUGUGUUGGCGGGGGCGUGAGCGGAGUGCGGCGGCGCGAGGAUAUACCGUAGUGGGUGUUGUAUAGUGUCGAGUGUGUGCGUGUGUGUGUGUAUGUGCUUCAAGUGACGUACGUGUGCGUGUUCUUCCGUACCGAAACCUUACUAUUCCUAAAUGCCAAUACUAAAAAGUGAUUGAAAAUAAAGAAGGGAAUGAAUUUCAGUGCGACGUUGAGGGGAUGCGAGUGGGACACUGUAUACAUAUGGUUCCCUUCUCUGUGGCUCAACAAUUUAACCCAAAAUAAUACUUGAAAAUAACAAUACAGAACACUUCCCCCAGUGAAUCAAAUGGCAGUGAGACGUUGACGGGAUGCGGGUAGGACACUGUGCACAUGGGUAACGUCAAGAGUGAGGGAGUUGAUAUACAAUGCAGGUGACCAUCGGGUGACGUGAAGCUUCUCUGUGUGGCGUGUGGCGUGCGGGCAAGACUCACGUUCACCGCACAGGCCUCGGGGCCCGCGGUGAGCAGUUGACUCCCACUCCCAGCCUCCCGGCAGCAGGGACACCGAGGCUCCGCGGGCGUGUCGUGGCGAUCACUGCCACGAGAAAGAAGGACGGUGCUCCGAGGUGACUCUGUAGUGCCUAGUCGACAUUCAGGCACAAAGAAAAGGUGGCUAAGGGCGAGCAUGUAGUCGUGAAGUCAGGAUAAAAGGCAAGAUAAUGGUGUAGAAAAGAUCAGCUUGCCAACUUGUGUGUUUAUUGAAUCCAUUGAAAUCUAGUUUAUAGAUCGACUUUCUCUCUUUCUUUGUCUCUUUCAUCUCUCCAUCUUUGUAUUUCUUUAUCUCUGUCUCUAUCUAUCUGUCACCUGAUUCUGCUAAAUAAAUACUCUGUCGACAUGGAAAAACAGAUUCUUUACUUUAAUCUUGGCAAAGGUAUUUGAGGAAAUUCCAAUACCAACAAUACAUUUGCAUAAGACUCCUUCCGUGAGUGAUGGUUGACGGUCCCCACCACAGAACAAAAUGGAAGCCCAGGAGAAGCAGCGGUCACAGACACGGACCAAGGAAGGAGGAGGUGUGGAUGUGGACCAUCAGGUGGUGGUGCGGGACCUCGACGACACCAUCUCCAGCUUGUUCUCGUACCUCACCGCCAACUCACCGGGGCCCAGCUGCGGCUCGCCUGCCGGGGCCGUGACAAGGGUCGAGGAGGACCCUUCGCCGUUCCGCCCCGUGGCCGGCGUUGAAGCAGCGUCCAGGAGCCUCUUAAUAACGCCCCCCGGAAGCUUUCACGCCAUUUCCGGAGACACGCCUCCGCCCCUACCUGAGCGAGGCCCGCCCUGCGAGGCCACCUACAAGGGCUACGGCUCCCCGGCCUCGACCUCUCCCUCCCAGUGGCUCGGGGGUCAUCCGGGCGGCAGCAGAGACAGGAAGUCAGUGAUAAGCUCCAAGGCCUCUAGUGAUAUCGAGCUGGUAAACCUGUGCAGGAGUGGGAGUGAGCGUAGGAAGGACGCGGGGGGCGGCCGGUCCGGGGACGACGCCUCCAGCCGGGGAGGACGUGACACUGCCAGCGAUGACGGCUUGCCCGGCGGCCAAUGCCCCUGCCCGGGGGAGGCGAGGCGCAGCGAAACAGCGGGGGCACCACGACACGCUGACGCCGCGCAGGACUCUGAGCCUGAGGGUGAGGGCCGCGGCGGGCCGGCCAGCACCCAGCACCUUCACGCCCGCAGGCGGACCAUGGACCACCACUACUCGGAGAUAGACAUUUACGGGGCGGCCCAAGACACCGCCCCCAGCACGGCCUCGGCCAGCCCCUCCACGGCUUCAGAGGACUCUGCGCCCCCGCCCGUGCCUCCUCAUGUUGAAGGUAAGGACGUGUGCUGCUUUGGCUAACCUUCCAUGGUGAAUGUUCAACUUGUACUGGGUAUGGGUUUUACCGUUUGAUACAGCUCUCCUUACAUCUCCUUGCUUGAUUUGUGAUUG